AUUUUAAACUAUAAAAAUGUGUGAAUGUGCAAAGAACUGAAAAAGCCUUGCAUAUACAUGUGUAUACGUUUUCUCAUGUUGUGUAUGGUUAAACAAUUUUGUAUCUUUACAAUGAAAGGUUCUAUACACAGUAUAAUUUACCUUCGAGGAAGUUAGCAAAUAGUUUGAAAGUGAUUUCUGAAUGAAAUGGUUCGUGGUCUGGUUCGGGUAAUAUUUUUGUGCUGUCGAAUAUGAAGAAAGUUAACAUGGAAAUUCUUGUGUUUUGAAAUGCAUUAUAGAAAUUGAAAUGAAAGUGCUUUGAUAGAAGAAUAUACAUAUAAUGUGGUUUAAGAUCGUUCAGUGAUUUAAUUUGAAUAUUAUUAGUUGGAUGGUUAAAUUAUUCGGUGAUAAUUCGAUGUUAAUUUACAAAUGAAGCGUUUACAUGCAUCGUCUAUUGUUGUGGAACAAACGAAAAACAUUUUUAUUUAAUUUAAAAAAUUUGUUCGGUGAUUUUAAUAAUUGGAAUGAGAUGUUUUGAUUCAAACGAAAAUUGGUUACAGAACACGUCAUUUUUAAAAUGAUAAAUAAUUGACGGUUGUUAGUGAGUUCCUUUUAUGUUUUUAUGUUUGUUAGCAGAUGCUGUGUAUAAUGUCCGCAACAAUAAGUGAGAAUAACGAGAUUUAUUAAUGAUCGAAGACAACAUUACUCAUCAUUUUUUUGUUGGAUUAAUGAACGAGUUCUUAAGCGAUUACCCAAGCAUAUACAUCUUUAGCAUUCUGGUAUACUAAAGCGAAACGAUAUAUCACGCAUUAGCAAACUACCCUUUAUAUGAUGGAUGAUGUCAUAAAUUUAUAUCCGACAGCUAUUUUUUGCUCAUAAAAAUGUCUUUACAAGAUCGUCGAAGUUCACAAUCAGCUUCAGCCGCGGGUGAAGCGAGUACAUUUAAUAGCUGUAUGCAUAAUCAACAAAUGCAGCGACCAAUAUCACCCCCGGUGCCAAAAAUAGCCACCACCAGACCAGUUCCACCACCAGCUGCUAAAUUGACAAACACCUCAUCCAUAGAAACAACACCAGAACACAAUUGCACAUGUACCCAUCAUCACAAUAUCUCCAACAACGUAUUACCACAACAUUACCAUCACCAUCAUCAUCAUCAUCACAACCAAUCCAGUAGUACGCAAAAUGCAGGAUUUGGACUAUCCAGGCAACAUCAAAUGUCACAGCCAGCACAACAUGAACAAAACAAUGAACCCAAUCAAUCUGCCGCCGAGACACAUAUGUUAGCAUCUCAACAUCAUUCGAAUGUGGGUCAUCAUUCAUAUAUUCCAUACAAUUUGAGUGCCAGUUCACAGAAUGUAUGCCAAAGUUGUGAAUGCGGUGCUCACGAACAGAGUGGAAGGAGUUCUAGAAUCGUUUCCACUGAUGAAAAUAAUCCAAGUGGGUCGGAGGACAGUGGGCGAAAAUGUUCUAACCGGAUAAAGAAGAUAUCCAACGAUGAGCAGCGAAUUGGUAUAGAAAACAAACAAAUCGAAAAUAGUGUAGCCAGCAGAAUUACCUCAAACAGGUCCGAUGAAAUGAAAUGUAUCAAUCGAAUCGAACGAUACAGUGAUAUGGUUGAUGCUGCAAUAAAAACCACUGACGUAGAUAUAUUAACCGAAGAAGAACUUGGACCACCCCUGCCACCAAGACCACCACCCAGAACCAGAACUGUUCCACCGACUGACAACGGUACACAUAGUACUGGAGUACGGAAAUAUGUAGUAUGGUGUCUGAUUUGUGGUGGCAUAUCUUGUUUAUUGGGAAUCAUGUUCCUUGGCGUAUAUUUCCUAGUUCGUUCAUACACCAGCACGGUGGGAUACUUCGAAACGGUUCCCACUUUCGUUCCAGCUACUUUGCUCAUGUUAACUGGACUGUGCAUAAUGAGUUUAGCAAGGCGUCGAAAUCGUUACAGUUAUUUGAUUAAAUUAUCCGGAGCUUGUGGAUUGGCAUCGGCGUUGACGUGUGCUUUGGUAACAGUUACCACAACAGUGUUACAUAUGAGUCGACUUCAAGCGCUCAAAGAGUGUGAAUACACCAUGAAAACUCGAACAUGUACGUGCUAUCCAAUUGUGAAUGAUCCGCACCAGUCAGACGAUGGGGUGGAUGAGGUUGCUGUUCGUUUCGUCUUUGACUCAUCCGAUAAAUGCGAAAUAGUGCACAGUGCAUUGUACUCAUGCUUACGGGCAGUCUUUGGUUUAUCUGUUGCUGGAGUAUUGGUCGCCGUUUUCAGCUGUAUGCUAGUCUACCAACUGCUGAGCCAUGAGCGAAAGAAAAUGUAUUGGGAACAAUUGGAACUUCGAUGUAGAUCUCUCUACGCAGGACCGCAGCCACCGCCACAAGUGUCUAGCGGACCUUCGAUAAUUGGAACUCCACGUGGCGGUCCUUGCCGGUGUUGUGAACAAUGUCAUUCGCAUAGGAACAUCAUACCAUCGGCAUAUCCAUGGGAUGGAGACAAUCGAUUUUGGACACCAGCUCCGGGAGCCGCUGGAAAUUUCUAUUCACCGAAUCCUGGCGGAGAAGAACAUAUAACUGUGUCUAGCAGACAAAGUGGACCCAUUCGUAAUCAGAGGCCUGGCUGGAGCUGGCCACGACUGCCAUGGCAAUCACGAAACGAUCCACAGAGAUUUCGCCAGACACCAUCCAGCCCGGAUAGCCAAUAUGGUUUUUCCAAUUCACAAAACGGUCCAGAUCCCAACAAUUUACAGCAGACAGCGGGUCCAGGAGGAUACACAGUAAUUGGACCGCCACAUUAUGGAGUUUGGGGUCCACCGCCACCAUACAGUGAUCCAAACAGUCCAGCUAGACGUGGACGAUAUCAAUACAUUCAUCCGUCACAAUGUCAGCAGUUGAUCGAUCACAAUAUACCGGCUCAACAAUCCAAUUUGGCGUUUUUGGAAUGCCAUCAGCAUAGUUCUUCCAAUGACAAUCACAAUAUUAUUGAGCCUUUUUGUCAACAACAACAAACUCACCGAACAAUCAUCAAACGACAAGGAUUUAAAACAAAAGACAACUAUGAGAAUACACCUUCAGACAGUGAUGGUCCGAGAGAUCGAUUCUCAAAUACUCUUCCAGUUAGAAAAACCAAGAAACGAGUAGAGAUAGGAGCCAAAAGCAUAGGACCUAAUCAGCCAUCAUCCAGAGUCAAUGUGCAAAAUGUGUUUUCUACAUCAAGUCAGCAACAGCUAGCAACGAAUGGACCUAAUCGAGAAUAUCACGAUCAUGACGCUAGAAACGCUGGCAACAAUAGUGCUGUAACGAAUGUCUGCAUUGAAGCUGGUAGCAGCAAUCAUAAUCCACCGAAACAAAGACGUGUUAAAGCCGGUGUUGAGAAUUGUGCAUUUAUGUCGGCAGAAGUUGGUGACGACCAGAAAUUAGAACCUACAGAAUCAGAAGUUUAUUUUGCGGACGUCAGUAGCUGCUGCAACAAUUCAAUUAAAAAUGACAAUUUCUACGAUGAAACAAAUCAGCGACGACUGGAAAAGUAUGGGAAGGAAGAAAGCGAGGACUAUUUAGUACAAAGGUAUGGCAAACGCGAAGCUUCCAUUAGGAGUCGGAUUCCGUUUCCCCAGAUGAUACCGGAGGAUUAUGAAAAGCCUCAAAUGCAUAUUCCAUUGGUGGCUCCACGCGCAUCCCUAAUACACAAGGAUGUUUCGCGACAAAGCAUGUGCUCAAUAGAUUCAGGCGAGAAAACGGAUUUUACCGAUUUGUCACCGGCAACACCCGGCUCUGGAUUCGGACAGAACUACACAAUAGUCGAAAAUCAAGAAGUCCAUUAUCAGUCUAGGACACAUUUUACAACCAACUACAAAAAACCCGACUUCUCCGAGCCAAGUGGCUCGAACUUUGUCGCUUCAUUCCCGUGCAACGAACAAAGUCAAGAGGCUCAUCGACGAUCAACCAAAAAUAUCCAAGAAAUGUUCCUCGCACCCGAUGCACAGUACGAGAUAAUCACCGAAUCAAAUCAAUUCGACAGUAGCUCAUCGAUUAACUACGACAAUGAUAUUUCAUUCAACAGUCAGUCUAGUCACUUCCACAUACCGAAAUCACCGAAAACUAGUGGCAGCAGUCCGAUUAAACGGCAAAAUCUGGGCACCAAUAUUAGUGCAAUUAUUCAAAAUUUGGGUGGAAGUGGUUUAUUGUAUCCGGAUGGCAGACGUGAUAACGAUAGUAUUAUGGAAACACAAGACUGUAUUAGCAAUAAGAGUAAAACGAUUUCCGAUAACGAAUGGUCCGAUCAUAGCGAUCGACGACUGUGAGACGAAAUUUUCGUUUAGAAUUUAUAGCGGCGAAUGUAUGACUUUAACUGAAUGUUUUCGGUUUGUAUUAUUAGAAUGUAACAAAGUCACCAACAUCAACCCAACAGAUUAGAAUUUUGUCACGUUUAUCAUUUUACACAAUCCAGCAUCAGAAUUCAUCAGCGUUUCACACUCAUAAUUACGAGCGAAACCAUGAAAUUGUUCC